GAAAGACCAAAAGUUUGGGUUUUCAUUUCUCUCUCCCCUUAGCUUUCUGCUACCAAUUUCCAAUUCCGCCCUUCCUCCGCCGCACGCCAUGACGGAACCACCGCCUCUGCCCAUAACUCAACCGAUUACGCCGGCGGUGUCGCCUCAUCUCAACUAUCCGGAGUCGUUGGACUCAUCUCCGAGGUCUCGCAACACCGACACGUGGGAUGAGCCUCUUGCACCCGGCCCACUCGCCAGUCGUCUCCGUCUUAUGUGCAGCUAUGGCGGCCAUAUAGUUCCUCGUCCUCACGAUAAGACUCUUUGCUAUGUAUGUGGUGAGACUCGGAUCGUGGUUGUCGACCGCCAUACGUCUUUAUCUGACCUUACUGCGCGUUUGUCGAAGACGCUUCUCAAUGGUAGGCCGUUUACCUUGAAAUAUCAGCUUCCGAAUGAGGACUUGGAUUCUCUCAUUUCUGUUACCACCGACGAGGAUUUGGAGAAUAUGAUUGAUGAGUAUGAUCGGACGGCGAGUAAUUCGUCUAACCCUGCCGCAAAACCCUCGCGACUUAGGUUGUUUUUGUUCCCGAUUAAGCCGGAUGUUUCUCAGUCGAUCGGGCCAAUUCUUGAGAGCUCAACUAGUUCUGAUGACUGGUUUCUGAAUGCUUUGAAUGGUGCCGGUUUGCUCAAUAGAGGUUUUUCCGACUCUGCGUCGGUCAAUUGCUUGCUAGGGCUUGAUGAUGAUGUUGGUGUUAAUAACCUCGAUUCGGGUCCGAGGGAGGCGGAUGGUUCUCAGCCUGGGUCGUUUGGAAAUGGUAAGGGUGGAAAACAGGAUGUUCAUUCCGUUCCUGAUUCGCCGAUGAUCGAGACGACGUCGUCAUUUGGUUCUACCUCUUCUUCGCCUUCUCUGGCGAAUUUGCCGCCGAUUCGGGUUCACGUGGAGGAUAGUGGCAACAACGGUGGGGUUGGUGCUGGUGUAGUUCGAGUUCAAGAUCAGAAGGUGGGAAUUGAGGAGCAAUUUUCGCAGAUGAGUGUUGGUCAAAAGCAGCACGAUGAAGCUUUCGCGGCACUCUCAUCACCGCCUCCUUUGCCUACAACUAUCGUGGCUUCUGCGGCGGGCUCUGCAAUUCCUGUGAGCUCAGCUGCCGGAGUAGUUGUAGGAGAAUAUACAAAUCGGGUAAUCUCCGAUGACGAGAGAUCCGACCAUGGGGCGCCGGUCGGAUACCGGAAACCACUACCACCGCAGCCUCAGUCUCUGCCUCCCCAAUUGCAGCAGAAGUCAAGUGGACUUGUUGAUAUACCUUCCCCGGAUUCGGUGUCAAGUGAUAGUAGUUUGAACAAUCCGAUGUCUCGCUCAAAACCUGUGAUGUAUCAAGAACAAGUUGUUCAUCAAAUCCCAUCUUCAGCUGUUAGGCUUCCUGGCAGUCCAGCAGAUCCAAAAGUCAAUUUUCCGGAUCAGAAUGCUCGAGUUCAUAUUCAACAACAGGUCCAAGAACCAGGAUAUGUGUUACACUCUCAGUACGAUCAGCAUCAACACCAGCAACUUCAGCAACAGCAACCACAGCAACAACAACCACAGCAACACCCACCUCAACCACAGCAAUUCAUACAUGCUGGCGCACAUUACAUCCACCAGCACCCAUCUGGUGCAGUUCAAAUUCCUGCAUUUUUCCCUGUAUAUUCUCCUCAGCACCAUCAUCAUCCCCAUCAAAUUGAACAGCAGUAUCCAGUCUACUACCUGCCUGCUAGACAGGGCCAGGCUUAUGGCAAUUUGCCAGUACAGCAAUCUACCAUCAGCGAGUCUGCCACUGCUAUUCCUCCUGGCCGACCUCAAACUCCUCCCAACCCAACUUUGGUUACAACUGCAGCUUAUAACCACAUGAGGAAUCCCCCUAUUGCAAAAACUGAAAUGGCUGCUAAUGCAUUCAAACAGACAACUACAACUCCUCAGUCGUUAGUUCAGGUUCCCACAACUCAGCAUCAGCAACAAUAUGUUGGCUACAACCAGGGUUACUCUCAUAUUCAGCAUCCAUCCCAAUCAGUUACUCCUACAUCCGCUACUGCAAAUUAUGCCUACGAAUUUUCGGAUCCUGCUCAUUCUCAGAUAUACUAUACUCAGCCUCUUCCACCUUCUCAGUACCAAGCCAUGCCAGCAGCUGCUGUAAUGCUGCCUGAAAAUUCUGCUCAGCUUCCCACUGACAACAUCAAGCAGCAGAUGAGAACUUCGCAACCAUUAUAGUCAGUUCAGAAAGAUGAAACAAUUUUGGAAUAAAGUAUUUGGUUUUGCUUACAAUUUUCUAUUUUAUUGUCUGUCUUGUUAUUGGUAUCUAUUGGUUUGUGCAUGUAUCUGAGAUAGAGAUAAUAAGUAUUGUUGUUGUCUUCUGGUUCGUGUGUCAUAUUAUUUGUUUAUUGCCAUAGAAAAUGAAAAAGUGGUCUGGAGAUUAUAGUUAUACUGUAAAAGUUAUGAACUCAAACAAGGUGUGCUUGUGCAGUCAAUGUGUUAUAGAAUUAGCAAGAGUUUUUGCAUCAA